AUCUCCCUCGAUGUCGCAUCUUCUAACCAUAUCCCUCUCUUCUGCAAUUCUCGUUCCUUGCGUUCUCUCUCUAAGGCAACUCCCUCUUUCUCUCACUAAAGCCUUCCUCUCCUCCUCGCGAAAUCUCAGCAUGGACUCUUCAGAUUCUCAACACUUCCAAAACGUCGUCGUAAUGAGGCACGGAGACCGCCUCGACAACAGCGAGCCGCUCUGGGUGUCCACGGCGGCGAGGCCGUGGGACCCGCCGCUCGCCGACCCCGGCAAGGUCCGGGCUUUCUGCACAGGCCGGAAGCUCCGAUCCCAGCUGGGUUUUCCGAUCCACAGGGUUUUAGUGUCUCCGUUUCUCCGCUGUGUUCAGACUGCCUCCGAAGUGAUCUCUGCUCUCUGCGCCAUCGAUGACGAUCCCGUCAAUAUGACAGGCGAAGGUGUCGCCAUCGAUCCUUCCAAGCUCAAGGUAUCAAUUGAGUUUGGAUUAUGUGAGAUGAUGAGCAGGGAAGCCAUAAGGCUUGAAUUGGCUCCUAAAGAUGGGAAUUGGGGUUUCAACGUAUCAGAGCUUGAAGCUAUGUUACCGGCUGGUACAGUGGAUACUACUGUGGAACGAGUGUACCAAGAAUUGCCACAGUAUGAAGAGGGGGUGCCAGGUUCAAGGAUCAGAUACGAAAAGGUUAUUCAGGCCCUUGCAGAUAAAUUCCCUUCAGAAAACUUGUUGCUGGUCACACACGGGGAAGGUGUUGGGGUUUCAAUUUCUGCAUUCAUGAAGGAUGCUACAGUGUAUGAAGUGGAUUAUUGUGCAUUUUCACACUCAAGAAGACCCAUCUUCUUUGGUAAUAAUGAGUCAUUUACAGCAGGGAACUUUCAGGUACUCACAAAACACGGUCAAACUGGUAUCAGUUACUACCCCUUGAGCCCUAUUACCAAUCCUGUGUAACAUGUAAUUUAUUUAAGUUCCUCCAUUUAAACUCCUCCAGUGGGAGGACACUCCUAAAGCCUGAAACUCAUUGAAUGUACAAGGCAUCAAACUUGAUAUUGAUCUUCCUUCAGGAAGAGAUCAAUUUAUUUCUUUUAAGUGCUAAUGAUUGAGAAGAGCACAAACAUUGGAGAAAUGAAAGAAACUUCUUGUUGUAUUUGUUA